AUGGACCCAUUUGCUCAACUGCCCGCAGAACUGAACCAACAAAUCCUCAUUCAUAUCGCCGACGAUUUUGUCGCUAUCGAAAACCUCAUAUCCGCAUCCUCUCGAGUCCACGCUGUCUUCCGGGCUCAACCCUCCAUUAUACAUGACCUCAUACUGGCAAACCCUAUUACCAGUUUCCCCGAGAUACAAAGACUGUGCUACAACAUCAGCCUUAUUCAUACCUCUCAUUACACAGAUUUUGCCCACAGCCAACAAGUAUGUGAGGGCACGCCAGAUCUGGAUUACAGGGCAUCACUCGGUAUCAUCCACCUAGCUGCCGGAGUACAGCGCCUUGCCUGUACAUGCCUGUCGCUUAUACAGCAGAACUUUUCCUCGGCCCUUAGUGAGAUACCAGUCGCCGGCUCUCUAAGUGGACCUGAGCGCGCAGAAAAAGCUCGGAAGCCCUUUUCAUGGAUUGAAGAAUACCGCACGUACUGGUCCCUCUUCCAUCUCCAACACUAUUCAGCCCUUCGCAAAGCUGCAACAGGAAGCUGGAAUUGGCCUGCACAAUCAAUACAGGACCUAGACGCAUACAAUAUCUGGAAUGAAAUACUUAGCGGAAACGACGAGCAGAUCUGGACGAUUGCCGCCCUUCUGUCAGACCUAGGCCUCACCCCGUCCUAUGGGCACUACGCCGAGGAGCUGACGAGAUCUCGGUGGUUCAAAAUGGAUACGGAGGGAGCCGAGUCCUCCCACGCUGCCUGGGAAUUCCCCGAGGCAACACCAAUUCCUUUCUUCCACUCUUUCAACCUGCCCCCCAGUGAGUCCAUGCCCAUCUGGUCUCUGCCGCCUAUACCCCCGGAAAACGAAGCAACAACAUCGUCACGGUGGCAGCUUGCGCCAGAAUGGCGCUCACGGGCACCAAUGCAUGUCAAGUACUUCCGAAGGGAAAACCGGAUCGUCUCUCGAGCGCGUUCCCCUUCAUUGGGCUUGAGCCACUUCAGGCCCUGGCGCCGCCUGGGGCUUGUCAUUUGGGACACAUGGCGAAUUUACACAGUUGGACUGUGCUAUUUCCCUUCCAGGGGUCCAGGGCUUGAUCCGCCUAACCCGGAUGGUAGCGUUUUUGAGGCGGGACACGAGAAACCGGAUUUUGGGGAUUUGGGGCUGAGAUGGUUGGCGUUGGUCGGCCAGCUUCCAGGUGAAUGA